UACUCUUUGGCAAUUGCUUUCCUUGUCAAUUUUUGCUUCGACUGGAAAUAAAAAUAGAAUUUUAUUAUAAUGGAAGAAAAUAAGACUAUUCAAUCCAAUGAAUAUCAAAAAUCAAAUGAAGAUAAAAAUCCUAAAAAGAAAAAUAAGAACAAAAAAAAGCGUAGUGGCGGUGAUGGAGAUAAUCAAGUUUCCGUGACUUCCGAUGCAUUGGCUCUUCCUAAUUCAGGGGAUAUUCAUCAAAAUAUUUCUUUAAAAGAUCUAAAAAUGGCAAUGGAAGUAUUGAACCUCCAACAGAAGCCAGCAAAAACGACGGAAGAAGCUUUACACAAAUCAUAUCAAUUUUGGUCCACUCAACCUGUGCCAAAAAUGUACGAGAAAAUUAUAACCAACGAACCAAUUGAACCACCAAAGACUCCUGAAGAAAUAAGAUCAGAGCCUUAUACUUUACCUGAUGGCUUUCAGUGGGAUACUUUAAAUUUAAAUGAACCGCUUGUACUAAAAGAAUUGUACACUUUAUUAAAUGAAAAUUAUGUUGAAGAUGACGAUUGCAUGUUCCGUUUUGAUUAUCAGACAGAUUUCUUAAAGUGGGCCCUCCAGCCUCCAGGGUGGAGGAUGGAGUGGCACUGUGGAGUGCGCGUAGUUAAGUCUGGUAGAUUAGUUGGCUUCAUUUCUGCUAUUCCAGCUACAUUGCGAAUUUAUGAUCAUACUCAGACUGUAGUAGAAAUAAACUUUUUAUGUGUUCAUAAGAAACUCCGUGCUAAGCGUGUGGCUCCUGUGCUCAUAAGAGAAAUAACAAGAAGAGUCAACUUGACAGGAAUAUUCCAGGGUGUUUACACUGCAGGGAUUGUUUUGCCUAAACCUAUUGCUACAUGUCGAUACUGGCACAGAUCUUUGAAUCCUAAAAAGUUAAUUGAUAUAAAAUUUAGCCAUCUAUCUAGAAAUAUGACAAUGCAAAGAACUCUUAAGCUUUUUAAACUUCCAGAAUUACCAAAGACAGCAGGGUUUCGAAAAAUGGAACCAAAAGACUCUGAUAAAGUUGUUAAACUUUUAAAUGACUACUUAGAAAAAUUUGAUUUGGUGCCCAUCUUCUCAGAAGAUGAUUUUAAGCAUUGGUUUGUUACACAGGUGGGAAUUAUAGAUAGUUUUGUGGUGGAAGCUUCAGACGGCUCUAUUACUGACUUUGUUAGUUACUAUACACUUCCGUCCACUGUAGUUUACCAUCCUGUACACAAAACUCUGAAAGCAGCUUAUUCAUUUUACAAUGUAUCUACAAAAACACCUUGGGUUGAUUUAAUGCUUGAUGCAUUGAUAACUGCCAGAAAUUCUGGUUUUGAUGUUUUUAAUGCUCUUGAUCUUAUGGAUAACAAAGAGUUUCUAGAACCCCUCAAGUUUGGCAUAGGUGAUGGUAAUUUGCAGUACUAUUUGUACAAUUGGAGAUGUCCCAACAUAACUCCUAACAAAAUUGGGUUAGUCCUUCAGUAAUGAAAUUGUGAUAAAAUAUUUUAUGAGUUGGCUUCACACUUUCUUUGAUAUUUUUCAUAAUACAUAUGUAGUAUUUUAUUAUUUGGAAAUAUAGUAAGCAUUAUUCAAAAGGUCUAAUAAAUUAUAUAUUGUCCUAAAACCUG